CUCCCCUUCACUGCUGAAGUUCCACUCUCCAAAAAACACUCCAGGGUUAUCCUGAAUCCAUAGUGCUACUUCUGAUACAUUAAAUGGCCCAAAGAUGAUCCACACGUAGCAGGAGAACAGUGCAGAAGAAAUGUCUCCCAAAGUACCAAGUGGCCAAGGCAGAGGGGAUUUUUCUGCGGUGCAGGUAGCUGUCCGGGUGCGUCCCCUGCUGCCUAAAGAGCUCCUGCACUGCCAUGAGAACUGUAUCACUGUGGACUCAGAGCUGCAUCGAGUUACACUGGGCCAUGACCGACACUUUCUCUGUGACUACCUGUUUGAGGAAACUUGCUGUCAAGAUGAGGUCUACUCUGUGUCGGUGCAGCCACUUAUAGACGCUUUCUUUCAAGGUUUUAACGCUACAGUCUUUGCCUAUGGACAGACAGGCUCAGGCAAGACUUACACCAUCGGAGAAGCUAAUAUUUGUUCCUUUAGAGAGGAGGAGCAGGGCAUCAUCCCCAGGGCUGUUGCAGAUGUCUUCAGGCUGCUUGAUGAGAAUGACCUCACAGACUUUUCUGUUCGAGUCUCCUAUCUGGAGGUCUACAAAGAGGAGUUCAAGGAUCUACUGGAGGUGGAGACGGCCAGUAAGGACAUCCACAUCAGAGAGGACAAAGGCAACAUAGUUUUGUGUGGCGUAAAGGAGUGCGAGGUGGAGGGUCUUGAUGAGGUGCUGAGUUUACUAGAGUCAGGAAACACCGCCAGGCAUACUGGUGCGACCCAGAUGAAUCCAAACUCCAGCCGGUCACACACCAUUUUCACUGUGUAUAUGGACCAGCGUAGAGGAAGCUCUCGACUUUAUGGGACAGGUACAAGCUCUGGACCACAAAUGCUGUCCUCCAAGUUUCACUUUGUGGACCUGGCAGGGUCUGAGCGUAUAUUACGGACAGGCAACACUGGAGAGAGACUGAAGGAGAGCAUCCAGAUUAACAGUGGUUUACUGGCUCUGGGAAAUGUAAUUGGGGCGCUGGGGGACCCCAAGAGGAAAGGCUCUCACAUACCAUACAGAGAUUCUAAAAUUACAAGGAUCCUUAAGGACUCUUUGGGAGGAAAUUCAAAGACUCUGAUGAUUGCCUGCAUCAGCCCGUCCUCCUCAGACUUUGAUGAGAGUCUGAAUACGCUCAACUAUGCCAUGAGGGCCAGAAACAUCCAGAACAGGGCGACAGUCAAUUGUAAGCGUGAGCCAGAUCGGGUUGAAGGGCUGGAGCAACAGAUCAAGGCCCUCCGAAGGGCUCUGGAGAACCGCCAGCGCUCAGAGACCCGAAUUAUUUCUCAUGCUGAUCCCAAUCGAAGACCUCGAGUGGUAGACGGAGAGAUCAGCAGACUGCAGGCCCAGAGCGCUCACUACAGGACGUGUACAGACACUGCCUACAGGAUGCUGCGGGAGCUGCAGAGCGAAGGCGCUCUAACUGCAGAGCAGAGUCUGAGGGUAAAGGAGUGGUUGUGCUCAGUAGAGGAGGAACGAAGCGGACUGACCACAGCCUCAGGACCAGACAGUGGCAUUGAGAACAGCUCCGCCGAGGACAGUGUCGCUUUAAGGAGAGGGAGACCUUCUGUGAGGGGCCAGGAUUCAGAGGCUGCAGAGGAAAGGUGGAGCCAUGCCAGUGAGAAAGAUGGAGAAAAAGAGGAUAGUAACGCUCAGCUCCAAGCACAGAUCCAACGGUUGGAGAGAGAGAACACAGACUUUUUAGCUGCUCUUGAGGAUGCUAUGGAGCAGUACAAGCAGCAGAGUGACAAACUACAGGAACAGCAGGACUUGAUAACAGAGCUGCAGUGUCAUCUGUCGGCCCCAGGAUUGAUGGGCCUGGGUCUGAACUUGAGGCUGCGACCACACACAGCACCCAUGGGAUCCAUGCAACACAGUCAGAAUGGAGGCACAUACAGACAGGUUAGUGCAGUUAGCUCCCUUGGGCAGUAUGAUCAGGAGGGGGGCCUCUAUGAGGAGCAGGAGACUCUGGGAGGAGCAGAAACACAGGAUGCAGAAGAGGAGGGCAGUCAUUAUAACCCCAGCCGGGAGAGACGCAAGCAGUUUAAUCAGACCUGGACAAAGAAAGACAUGAUGUCAGGAGGACUAACAGCUGUUGGUCGAGGGCUCACGUCUCAGCUGCCUGAGCCAGAGCAGCACCCCUGCUUAACCAGAAAAGCAUCAAAUGCCAGCGCUGGGGAAACAUCUGUGCGUGAAAGUCUGAAAAGUUUUGAGGGAGUUACAGAGUGGGGACUUCAUCAGGCUCAGCAGAAGAUCAGAGAGCUGUCAGUCACCAUCCGCAUGAAGGAAGAACUCAUAAAGGAGCUAGUCAAAACAGGUAAAGAUGCUCAGGCCCUGAACAAGCAGUAUAGCCAUAAGAUCACGGCUCUAGAGAGUGAAGCUUUGCAGGCUCGACAGGAACUGCAGGAGGCCCAACGGCAGCUGCAGGAUCUAGAGAGACAAGAGAGAGAGAUCAGCGCCACGGACAAGACCAGAGCCCAGGAGUGUCGCAGGAAGAUUGCUGCUGCUCAGAGCAAAGUUCAGGUUCUCAGUCAGCGUCAGAGGGAUACUGCUCGUCUCGCUAACCUUCCUGCACAGAGCGAACGUCGUGUGUUGGAGCUGGAGCGAAGUGUUCAGAGUAUGAGGCAGCAGCAAGAGCAGCUGCAGAGACGGCUGCGCCAGGAGAGUCAGCAGAAAAGGCGUUUAGAGACUGAGAUGCAAAGAAGAACUCACAGGGUCAAGGAACUUGAGAUAAAAAAUGAGCAGCAGCAGAAGAUCCUGAGAAUAAAGACAGAGGAGAUUGCUGCUUUCCAGAGACAAAGACGCAGCGGCAGUAAUGGCUCUGUCAUCUCAUUGGAAGAGCAACAGAAGAUUGAGGAGCAAAAACGUUGGCUAGAUGAGGAAAUGGAGCGAGUGCUGGAACAGAGGAGAGGGCUGGAAGACCUGGAAGGAGAGCUGAAUAAACGAGAGGAGAUCCUAGCUAAGAAAGAAGCCCUGCUGCAGGAACGCAGCGGUCUAGAGACCAAGAGGCUCCGCUCCAGUCAGGCCCUGAGUAAAGACCUUGUGACGCUUACAGGGCGUAUUGAGUCCCUUGAGCAGGAGCUGAGUGAGAGGAAUGGUCUCCUUCGCAGCAGCAGCGCUCAAGAUUCGCAACAGAUUCGCCAAGAGAUCUCCAACCUGCGACAGGAGAAAGAUUCACUGCUGAAACAGAGAGUAGAGCUGGAUGAUAAGCUGCGGCAAGGGAACCUGCUUUCACCUGAGGAGGAGCGAACACUGUUUCAGUUUGAUGAGGCAAUCGAGGCGCUGGAUGCAGCCAUUGAGUACAAGAAUGAGGCCAUCACUCAGAGGCAGAGGCAGCUGAGAGCAUCUGCCAGUAUGCUGUCUCAGUGGGAAAUGAACCUGAUGGCCAAACUCAGUUACCUAUCUGCCUCUGAGACCAGAGCUCUGCUGUGCAAGUACUUCGAUAAGGUGGUGUCUCUUCGUGAGGAGGAGCGGAAGCUGCAGCUGGCCCUGGCUGAGCUGGAGAUGCAGCUGGAUGAGCAGCAAAGGCUGGUGCAGUGGUUGGAAAAUGCCCUCGAUCGCACACAGCUGGACAUGGAUCGCAGGCUCACACAACAACAGAAGGAGCAUGAGAGGAGUAUUCAGCUUCUACUGCAGCAGUGUCGAGAACAAAUGGAUGAGGGUCUGGCGGGUAGGCAGCGGCAGUUUGAGGGAUGGAUUCAUAACCUCAGUAAGGAGCUGAACCACUACAAGGCAGCAAACCUGGAGCUGAGUAAUAGACUGAGGGAGGUCUGUGGUUCAGCCAGCCAGCCAAAGGAGCAGGCUAGAGUCACUGCAUCUGAAGAUAAACCAGCAGGCAUCUGCAGCAUGGAGAAGCUGACCCGCUGCUGCCCAGAGGACAGUCCAGGGGGCAGCAGGGGGCCGGGGCAGCCUGACAAACCCGUGAGGUCCAGGGAGGAGAUGCGAGAGCUGGUGAACACCCCUCUUCCAUCCACCUGGAGACGCUCCUCCCUCCCUACAGAGGAACCUGCUGUCAUGGAGGAGUUGUGCCUUCGAGCAGCAGGUGACAUUCAUGUGAACCGUGUAGUUCAAAGUGGUAUUGGGUCCUGGGGUGGGACUACGUCGCUGCCUGUUGUGAAGUCUCGACGUGAGUCCCGUCGCUCCAGCCUCAAUGUUGGGCCACUUACUUCAAACAACACACUCAUCGAUGUGCGGAAAAAUCCUGUCUGAAAAUGUAUUUUGUUACUUUGAAACAUUCACAUAGAUGUUUUUUAUCCUGUUUUUGUAUUGUACAUUAAGGUUUUUUUAACUGAACAAGGACUCCCACUGAUUUUUACAUGAAGCACUUUUAAUGAGGUCAACUUUGUUUUCAUUUCAUACAGUAUUUUUAGCUAUGUGUUUUGUAAUAGUUGUGUCAGUCAUUUGCAUCUAUGUUAAAUAAGGUUCUUUUGCUCUCGAAUCGUGUAGACUUUUACCUUUUACAAUAUUUUAUAUUAA